UUCCUCUUGUCACUCUCUCUCACAACAGCGUGAGUGCCACAGGACUCAUGCUGUUCUCCUGCACACCUACACACACUAGCACUGAGAGAGAGAGACACUAAAAGGGAGAGCGAGAGAGAGAGAGAGAGAGAGAGGGGGGUACAGCUACUAGAAGGGAAGGAAGGAGAGAGGUGCAACGUGGAGAGAGAAAGGGAGGGUAGAAAGAUCAAAUAAAUCUUGAAGACAGGACACUGAAGGAUUUUUCUCUUUUCUCCUGAGGAGCUGCGAAUAACCCUCGGAGAAGGAUGGCAGAAGGGGGAGAGGGAGAGGAGGAGAUUCAGUUCCUGCGAACGGAUGACCAGGUCGUACUGCAGUGUACUGCCACCGUCCUGAAGGAGCAGAUUAAGCUGUGUCUGUCCUGUGAGGGCUUCGGGGAUCGUCUCUGCUUCCUUGAAACCACAUCCAACGCUCAGAAUGUGCCCCCGGACCUGGCCAUAUGCAGCUUCAUUCUGGAGCAGUCUCUGUCGGUCCGUGCUCUGCAGGAGAUGCUGGCCAACAGGGUGGAGAUGAUGGACUCGUCUCAAGGUGGAGGCCAUCGUACCUUACUGUACGGUCAUGCCAUCCUUCUGAGACACUACCACUCUAGCAUGUACCUGAGCUGUUUGACUACAUCCCGGUCACUAACGGACAAGCUGGCCUUUGAUGUGGGCUUACAAGAAGACUCCACUGGUGAGGCGUGUUGGUGGACCAUUCAUCCAGCCUCUAAACAAAGGUCUGAGGGUGAGAAGGUCAGGGUGGGUGAUGACCUCAUCCUUGUCAGCGUGUCCUCUGAGAGAUACCUGCACUUAUCCUACGCCAGUGGAGAUCUGAUGGUUGACGCCUCCUUCAUGCAAACACUGUGGAACAUGAACCCAAUCAUGUCUGGCUGCGAGCUAGCCGAGGGGUUUCUGACAGGAGGUCACGUUCUCAGGCUCUUCCACGGCCACAUGGACGAGUGUCUGGCCAUCUCCACACCCGAGGAAGGGGAAGAAAAGCGAAGGAUGGCUCACUAUGAAGGCGGCUCUGUGUGCAGUCAAGCUCGAUCCCUGUGGAGGUUGGAGCCUCUCAGAAUCAGCUGGAGUGGUAGCCAUAUGAAGUGGGGGCAGUCUUUCCGUAUUCGCCACAUCACCACAGGCCGGUACCUGUGUCUGGAUGAGGAGAAAGGUCUGUUGGUUGUCGACCCAGAGAGGGCAAACACCAAACUAUCUGCUUUCUGCUUCCGCGUGUCAAAGGAAAAGGUGGAUGUGGCUCAGAAGCGCGACGUUGAAGGAAUGGGCAUUCCCGAGAUAAAGUAUGGAGAGUCCAUGUGCUUCGUCCAGCAUGUGUCCACCGGCCUGUGGCUCACAUACGCCGCCCUGGAUGCCAAAGCUGCUCGUUUGGGAAUGAUGAAGAGAAACGUCAUUCUGCACCAAGAGGGUCAUAUGGAUGAUGCUCUAACGGUGUCCCGCUCCCAAACGGAAGAGUCCCAGGCUGCUCGAAUGAUUUACAGCACUGCGGGCCUCUUCAGGCAGUUCAUCAAGGGUUUGGACUCUCUGGGUGGGAAGAACAAGUCGCCGGGGGCCGUGUCACUUCCUCUAGAGGGGGUCAUCCUCUCUCUUCAGGAUCUCAUCUUCUACUUCCGUCCUCCCGAGGAAGAGCUGGAGCACGAGGAGAAGCAGACCAAACUCCGCUCGCUCCGCAACAGGCAGAACCUCUUCCAAGAGGAGGGAAUGAUCACCAUCGUGCUGGAGUGCAUCGACCGCCUGAAUGUCUACAACACCGCUGCCCACUUUUCUGAAUUUGCCGGGGAAGAAGCUGCCGAGUCCUGGAAGGAGAUUGUCAACCUGCUUUAUGAGCUGCUGGCUUCUCUAAUUAGAGGAAACCGCUCUAAUUGUGCGUUGUUUUGUGACAACCUGGACUGGCUGGUCAGCAAGCUGGAUCGACUGGAGGCCUCUUCAGGUAUUCUUGAGGUGCUGUACUGUGUGCUCAUUGAAAGCCCUGAAGUUCUGAACAUCAUUCAGGAGAACCACAUUAAGUCCAUCAUCUCUCUCCUGGACAAGCAUGGAAGGAACCACAAGGUCCUGGAUGUCUUGCGCUCUCUUUGUGUGUGUAAUGGUGUCGCUGUGAGGUCCAACCAGAAUCUCAUCACUGAAAACCUGCUUCCAGGUCGCGACCUUUUGCUGCAGACUAACAUUGUAAACUAUGUCACCAGUGUAAGACCCAACAUCUUCCUGGGUACAUGCGAGGGGUCUACGCAGUAUAAGAAGUGGUACUUUGAGAUGAUGGUAGACUAUGUGGAACCCUUUGUGACGGCGCAGGCUACCCACCUCCGCGUGGGCUGGGCUAUGACUGAGGGCUACAGCCCCUACCCAGGAGGGGGAGAGGGCUGGGGAGGCAACGGUGUGGGAGAUGACCUCUACUCUUAUGGCUUCGAUGGACUGCAUCUAUGGUCAGGUACCGUACCCCGCCAGGUGGCUUCGCCUGACGCACACAACCUCGCCGCAGACGAUGUUGUCAGCUGCUGUCUGGAUCUGAGCGUGCCGAGUAUUUCCUUCCGUAUAAACGGCCACCCAGUUCAGGGCAUGUUUGAAAACUUCAAUGUGGAUGGCCUCUUCUUCCCUGUCAUCAGCUUCUCGGCUGGAGUCAAGGCUCGCUUCCUCCUUGGCGGUCGUCAUGGAGACUUUAAGUUCAUGGCCCCGCCUGGCUACGCCCCAUGCUAUGAGGCCCUGCUGCCCAGAGACAGGAUGCGCAUUGAACCCAUCAAGGAGUACAAGCAUGACUUUCAUGGGGUGCGCAACCUGCUGGGUCCAACCCUGUCCCUCACCCACACCUCGUUCACCCCCUGUCCCGUUGACACUGUUCAGAUUGUGUUGCCGCCCCACUUGGAGCGUAUCCGGGAAAAGCUGGCAGAAAAUAUUCACGAGCUCUGGGCUAUCACCCGUAUUGAGCAGGGCUGGACCUAUGGGUCUUUCAGGGAUGACAACAAGAAACUCCAUCCUUGUCUGGUGGACUUUCAGAGUCUCCCUGAACCGGAGAGGAACUACAACCUGCAGAUGUCCGGCGAGACUCUAAAGACUCUCUUGGCCCUGGGUUGCCAUGUUGGUAUGGGUGAUGAGAAAGCAGAGGAGAAUCUCAAGAAGAUCAAGCUGCCCAAGACCUAUGUGAUGAGCAACGGAUACAAGCCUGCCCCCCUUGACCUCAACCAUGUCAAACUAACACCAAACCAGAACCAGCUGGUGGAAAAACUGGCAGAAAAUGGGCAUAAUGUUUGGGCAAGGGACCGUGUACGGCAAGGAUGGACUUACAGUAUUGUGCAGGACAUCUUAAAUAAGCGAAACCCUCGUCUGGUACCAUACAACCUGCUGGACGAGAGAACAAAGAAAACCAACCGAGACAGUGUUAACAACGCUGUCCGCACCCUCAUCGGUUACGGCUACAACAUUGAGCCUCCAGAUCAGGAGAGCUCUGGCCACGGCCUCGAGAACACCCGCGGGGACAAAGUACGAAUCUUCAGGGCAGAGAGGUCGUACGCUGUCACCCAAGGGAAGUGGUACUUUGAGUUUGAGGCGGUGACAACAGGGGAGAUGAGAGUGGGCUGGGCGCGUCCCAGUGUGCGCUCCGACAAUGAGCUGGGAGCAGAUGAACUGGCCUACGUCUUUAACGGCAACAAGGCUCAAAGGUGGCAUGUCGGCAACGACCCCUUCGGUCGCCAGUGGCUGUCCGGUGAUGUCGUUGGUUGUAUGAUUGACCUGACGGAGAUGAACAUCAUGUUCACACUCAAUGGAGAGAUGCUGAUCAGUGACUCGGGCUCGGAGAUGGCUUUCAAAGACAUUGAAAUUGGGGAAGGUUUUAUCCCUGUGUGCGCCCUGGGCCUGUCACAGGUUGGAAGGAUUAAUCUUGGUCAGAAUGUCAGCAGCCUUCGUUAUUUUGCCAUCUGUGGCUUACAGGAAGGAUUUGAACCUUUUGCCAUCAAUAUGAAGCGAGACAUUACCAUGUGGUUCAGUAAAAGUCUGCCCCAGUUUGUGCCUGCUCCCACUGAUCACAAUCAUAUUGAGGUCUCCAGAGUAGACGGGACUGUGGACAGCGCCCCAUGUCUAAAGCUCACCCAUAAGACAUUCGGCUCGCAGAACGCAAAUACCGAUAUGCUGUUCCUGAGACUCAGCAUGCCGGUCCAGUUCCACGAGACCUUCAAGUUCCCGGCGGGCACCACCCCUCUUACCCGGGCCCUCACCAUACCAGAGGAGGAAGUGAUAGUGGUGGAGCCCGACUCUGAGUUUGAAGUUCUGAAAAAGUCCGCCAGCCGCAAGGAGCAGGAGGAGGAUAAGAAGGAGCCGUCUGUGGCCAAGGAGCUGUCGUUGGAAAAUGAGAAGGACACGAUGUCGGAAAAGGGAAAGAAAAAAGGAUUCUUCUCUAAGGCCAAGAAGGUAGCCAUGACGCCUCUUGCCCCUCCUCCUGCCCCUCCAACUGUGCCUCGCUUGGUGGAAGAUGUGGUCCCUGAUGACAGAGAUGACCCAGAGAUCAUCCAGAAUACCACCACUUAUUUCUAUUCGGUGAGGAUAUUUGCUGGACAGGAGCCUUCUGGUGUCUGGAUUGGCUGGGUCACUCCUGACUACCAUCAGUAUGAUCCAUCCUUUGACCUCUCCAAAGUGCGCAGCGUCACUGUUACCGUGGGAGACGACAGAGGCAACAUACACGACAGCAUGAAGCACAGUAACUGCUACAUGGUGUGGGGAGGGGACCUGGUCAGCACGCAGCAGACCCGCUUCAGCCAGGAGGACAUGGUGGUUGGCUGUUUGGUCGACCUGGCGACAGGUCUCAUGACCUUCACAGCAAAUGGAAAGGAGAUAAACACCUUUUACCAGGUGGAGCCCAACACCAAGCUGUUUCCUGCCGUCUUCGUUCAGCCCACCAAUCAGAACCUUGUGCAGCUGGAGCUGGGCAAACUCAAGAACAUAAUGCCGAUCUCAGCAGCCAUGUUCCGCAGCGAACGCAACAACCCCGUCCCCCAGUGUCCCCCAAGGCUGGAUGUCCAGAUGCUGACCCCAGUCAUCUGGAGUCGCAUGCCCAAUCACUUCCUUAACCCGGAAGUGGGCAAAGUGAGCGAGAGGCUGGGCUGGAUGGUGGAGUGUACUGAACCUCUCAUCAUGAUGGCUCUGCACAUCCCUGAGGAGAACAGGUGCAUAGACAUCUUGGAGUUAUCAGAGCGUCUGGAUCUGAUGAAGUUCCACUACCACACCCUCAUGCUCUACUGUGCUGUCUGUGCACUUGGGAAUAACCGUGUGGCUCAUGCCCUGUGCAGCCAUGUGGAUGAAUCCCAGCUUUUCUAUGCCACCGAGAACACCUACCUGCCCGGACCUCUCCGCAGUGGCUACUAUGACCUGCUCAUCAGUAUUCACCUUGAGUCUGCAAAGCGGGCACGCCUCGGCACCAACAGAGAGUUUAUAGUCCCCAUGUCUCAGGAGACUCUGAGCAUCCACCUCUAUCCUGACGCUAAGAAGGCCCAUUCUCUCCCCGGUGUUGGCCUCACUACCUGCUUACGCCCCAAGCUACAUUUCUCCUCCAUCAACUUUGUUGGCACGGACCCUGACCUGUAUACCAUCAGCCCCGUUUUCCCCCUGCAGGAGCUGAAGACCAGGGCGAUCAGCAUGUUAACUGAAGCUGUGUUGGAUGGUAGCCAGGCGAUGCGGGAUCCAGUCGGAGGCAGUGUGGAGUUCCACUUUGUCCCGAUCCUGAAGCUCAUAAGCACACUGCUCAUAAUGGGCAUCUUCAACGACGAGGACACCAAGCACAUCCUGAAGAUGAUCGACCCGAGUGUUUUCAGUGGGAAAGAGGAGGAGGAGGAGGAGGCAGCUGAAGAGGGAGGAGCCGCCGAAGGAGAGGGCGGAGAAGCAGAGGAGGAGGAGGAGGAAAAAGACGAGGACGCCGAGCUGGAGGACGAAGGGGUUGGCGACGAGGAAGACGAGGAGCUGAAAGAAGUAGAGAAGGCAGAACACGAGGAGGAAGACGCCGAAGCUAAGGAGGAGGGAAAGGAAGGGGAGGAGGGAGAGGGAGGAGGAAAAGUGGACGGAGAGAAGGCGGAGGAGGAGAAGGAGGCAGAGGCAGUGGAGGCAGAAGCAAAAGAAGAGGAGGAGGGUCCUGAAGAGGGACUACUCCAGAUGAAGCUGCCAGAAUCUGUCAAGCUGCAGAUGUGCACGCUCUUGCAGUACUUCUGCGACUGUGAGCUACGUCACAGAGUGGAGGCUAUCGUAGCCUACUCCGACCAGUUCGUCCAUAACGUUCAGGACAACCAACGUGUUCGUUACAACCUGCUGAUGAGAGCCUUCACCAUGUCCGCUGCUGAGACUGCACGAAGGACCCGCGAGUUCCGUUCACCACCACAAGACCAGGUUCUUUUGCUGACAAACUUUAAGCAUUGUCCAGAGGAUGAGGAUUGUCCCGUGCCUGAGGAGGUGCGAGACACUCUGGGAGAGUUCCACGUUGACCUCCUGCUUCACUGUGGUAUACAUAUUGAGGAGGAGGCCGAGGAGGAGGAGGUGGAUACCUCACUGAGGGGCAGACUCCUCAGUCUGGUCGACAAGGUCAAGAACUUUCGCAAAAAGAAUCAGCCGGAGGAGGAGCAGCCGGAGGUCGAGGAGGAAUCAAAACCAAGCACCCUCCAGGAGCUGAUCUCCCACACCAUGAUCCACUGGGCCCAGGAGUCAUUCAUUCAGAACCCUGAGCUCGUGCGUCUGAUGUUCAGCCUGCUCCACCGGCAGUACGACGGCCUCGGGGAGCUGAUCCGAGCGCUGCCCAAAGCCUACGCCAUCAACGCCAUAUCUGUUCAGGACACCAUGGACCUGCUUGAGUGUUUGGGACAGAUACGGUCACUGCUCAUUGUUCAGAUGGGCCCAGAAGAGGAGAGACUCAUGAUCCAGAGCAUCGGGAACAUCAUGAACAACAAGGUGUUCUACCAACAUCCUAAUCUGAUGAGAGCUCUUGGUAUGCACGAGACCGUCAUGGAGGUGAUGGUCAAUGUGUUAGGUGGUGGAGGAGACUCAAAGGAGAUUCGAUUCCCCCAAAUGGUCACCAACUGCUGUCGCUUCCUGUGUUACUUCUGUCGUAUCAGCCGACAGAAUCAGCGCUCCAUGUUUGACCAUCUGAGCUACCUGCUACAGAACAGUGGCAUCGGCUUGGGCAUGCGUGGGUCCACACCUCUGGAUGUGGCUGCAGCUUCCUGCAUUGAUAACAAUGAGCUGGCCUUGGCACUACAAGAGCAGGACCUGGAAAUGGUGGUGACGUACUUGGCUGGCUGUGGACUGCAGAUGUGUCCAAUGCUCCUUUCUAAAGGCUACCCUGACAUCGGCUGGAACCCUUGUGGAGGAGAGAGAUACCUGGACUUCCUCCGCUUUGCCGUCUUUGUUAAUGGAGAGAGCGUGGAGGAGAAUGCCAAUGUCGUCGUGCGUCUGCUCAUCCGUCGGCCGGAGUGCUUCGGCCCAGCCCUGAGAGGAGAGGGUGGUAAUGGUCUGCUGGCUGCCAUGGAGGAGGCCAUCAAGAUCUCAGAGGAUCCGGCGAGAGACGGGCCCACUGUCAAAAAAGACAGGCGCUUCAUGUUUGGUGGAGAGGAACAGCACGAGGAAAACCGUGUACAUCUGGGAAAUGCCAUCAUGUCGUUCUACUCAGCCCUCAUUGAUUUGCUGGGUCGCUGUGCCCCUGAGAUGCAUCUGAUCCAAGCAGGCAAGGGUGAGGCUUUAAGGAUCAGGGCCAUCCUGAGGUCUCUGGUGCCCAUAGAGGACCUGGUGGGAGUCAUCAGCUUGCCUGUGCAGAUUCCUGCUUACGGCAAAGACAGUCAGAUUAUUGAGCCAAAGAUGUCUGCCAGUUUUGUGCCGGACCACAAGGCCUCCAUGGUGCUGUUCCUUGAUAGAGUGUAUGGGAUUGACAACCAGGACUUCUUGCUUCAUGUGCUGGAGGUUGGAUUCCUUCCUGACAUGCGAGCUUCAGCUUCUCUGGACACAGCUGCAUUCAGUACAACUGAAAUGGCCUUGGCACUGAACCGCUACCUCUGUUCAGCUGUGUUGCCUCUACUCACCAAGUGUGCCCCAUUGUUUGCUGGGACUGACCACCGGGCCAUCAUGAUCGACUCCAUGCUCCACACCAUCUAUCGUUUGUCCCGUGGCCGAGCCCUCACCAAGGCUCAGAGGGACGUCAUUGAGGAGUGCCUCAUGUCGCUUUGCAAGUAUCUUCGACCCUCCAUGCUGCAGCAUCUGCUCAGACGCCUUGUAUUUGAUGUGCCCAUCCUUAACGAAUAUGCAAAGAUGCCUCUCAAGUUGUUGACGAAUCACUAUGAGCGCUGUUGGAAGUACUACUGCUUGCCUAAUGGAUGGGCUAAUUUCGGGGUGACCUCAGAGGAGGAGCUGCAUCUUUCUCGUAAACUCUUUUGGGGAAUCUUUGAAUCUUUGGCACACAAGAAAUUUGAUGCUGAGCUCUUCAAGAUAGCCAUGCCUUGCCUCUGUGCUAUAGCAGGAGCCAUACCACCCGACUAUGUGGAUGCCACUUACUCCUCUCACACUGAAAAGAAAGCUUCUGUGGAUGCUGAGGGCAACUUUGAUCCCAAACCAGUGGAGACCACCAACACCAUCAUCCCUGAGAGGCUGGACGCCUUCAUUAACAAGUUUGCAGAGCACACCCAUGACAGAUGGGCUUUUGAAAAGAUUCAGAACAACUGGACCUAUGGAGAGGUGUUAGAUGAGAACGCUAAGACUCACCCGAUGCUCAGGCCUUAUAAAACCUUCUCUGAAAAGGACAAGGAAAUAUACCGUUGGCCAAUCAAAGAAUCCGUCAAAGCCAUGCUGGCCUGGGAGUGGACCUUGGACAAAGCCAGGGAUGGGGAGGGAGAAGUGGAGAAGAAGGCCACGACCCGCAAGAUCUCCCAAACUGCUCAGGCCACAUAUGAUCCCAGUCACGGAUACAACCCCCAGCCCAUAGACAUCGGAGGAAUGGCCAUAUCCAGAGAGCUGCAGUCCAUGGCUGAGCAGCUGGCUGAGAACUACCACAACACCUGGGGCAGGAAGAAGAAGUUGGAGCUACAGUCCAAAGGCGGUGGCACCCAUCCUUUGCUUGUGCCUUAUGACACGCUGACGGCGAAAGAGAAGGCCAGGGACAGAGAGAAGGCCCAGGACCUGCUCAAAUUCCUCCAGCUCAAUGGAUAUGCUGUGACAAGGGGCCUGAAGGACAUGGAGCAGGAUAUUUCCUCCAUUGAGAAGCGUUUCGCCUAUGGCUUCCUUCAAAAGCUUCUGAAAUGGAUGGACAUCGCCCAGGAGUUCAUUGCUCAUCUUGAGGCUGUGGUUAGCAGUGGUCGAGUGGAAAAGUCCCCACAUGAGCAAGAGAUCAAAUUCUUUGCCAAGAUCCUGUUGCCCCUGGUAAACCAGUACUUCAAGAACCACUGCCUCUACUUCCUCUCCACUCCUGCUAAAGUUUUGGGUAGUGGAGGGCAUUCUUCCAAUAAGGAGAAGGAGAUGAUUGCCAGUAUCUUCUGUAAGUUGGCUGCUUUGGUGAGGCACAGAGUUUCCCUUUUUGGAACGGAUGCAAGUGCAGUGGUUAACUGCCUGCACAUCCUCUCACGAUCACUGGAUGCCAGGACUGUUAUGAAAUCAGGCCCUGAAAUUGUCAAGGCCGGCCUGCGUCAGUUCUUUGAGAGUGCUGCCGAUGACAUUGAAAAGAUGGUUGAGAAUUUGAAACUGGGCAAAGUGUCCAGUCGAAACCAGGUAAAGGGUGUGUCCCAGAACAUCAACUACACCACCGUUGCCCUGAUGCCAGUCCUUACGUCACUGUUUGACCAUAUCGCCCAGCACCAGUUUGGAGAUGAUGUCAUAUUGGACGACUUGCAAAUAUCCUGCUAUCGUUUAAUGUGCAGCAUCUAUUCUCUGGGCACAGUGAAGACUCCACAUGCAGAGCAACAGCGACCAGCUCUUGGCGAGUGCUUGGCUCACUUAGCAGCUGCUAUGCCAGUGGCCUACCUUGAGCCAGAACUAAAUGAGUUCAACUCAUUUUCUGUCUACACCACCAAGACUCCUAGAGAGAGAACCAUUUUGGGUCUUCCCAACCAAGUGGAGGAGCUUUGCACUGACAUCCCAGUGCUGGAGGUCCUGAUGAAGGAGAUCCAUGACCUGGCUGAGUCUGGAGCUCGCUACACAGAAAUGCCCCAUGUGAUUGAGAUCACCCUGCCCAUGUUGUGUAACUACCUCCCGCGCUGGUGGGAGAGGGGCUUCGAGAAUUUCCCUGAUCAGGACGGUCAGCUCUGCACCUCGGUCACCUCCGAGCAGCUCAACCAUCUGCUGGGUAGCAUCAUGAAGAUUGUGGUCAACAACCUGGGUAUAGAUGAGGCCUCCUGGAUGAAGAGAUUGGCAGUGUUCGCCCAGCCCAUUGUCAGCAGGGCUAAACCAGAGAUGCUUAAAUCACACUUCAUCCCCACCAUGGAAAAGCUGAAGAAGCGUUCUGGGAAGGUGGUGGCGGAGGAGGAUCAGCUGCGCAUGGAGGGCAAGACAGAGGUGGAUAGUGAGAAUGGAACCAUCAGGGAUGAGUUUGCUGUGCUCUGUCGGGACCUGUACGCUCUCUACCCAUUGCUCAUCCGCUACGUGGACAAUAACAGGGCAAGGUGGUUGACUUGUCCAGACCCAGAUGCAGAGGAACUUUUCAGGAUGGUCGGAGAGGUCUUUAUAUUCUGGUCUAAAUCCCAUAACUUCAAACGAGAGGAGCAGAACUUUGUGGUGAUGAAUGAAAUCAACAACAUGUCCUUUCUGACUGCAGACAGUAAGAGCAAGAUGAGCAAGGCCGGAGACGGAGAGUCUGGAGGCUCAGAGCAGGAGCGUACCAAGAAGAAGCGGCGGGGGGAUCGCUACUCUGUGCAGACCUCGCUCAUCGUCGCAGCAUUAAAGAAGCUGCUUCCCAUCGGCCUCAAUAUGUGCUCUCCUGCAGACCAGGAGCUCAUCAAUCUCGCCAAGAUCAGAUACUCACUGAAAGACACAGAUGAAGAGGUGAGGGAGUUUUUGCACAACAAUCUUCAUCUGCAAGGCAAGGUGGAGGACCCAGCCAUGCGCUGGCAGAUGUCUCUUUACAAAGAGAUGUCUGGUAAGGCGGAAGAUGCUGAGGACCCUGAGAAGGUGGUGAAAAGGGUUCAAGAGGUGUCGGCUGUCCUCUACCACAUUGAAGUGACUGAGCAUCCCUACAAGUCAAAGAAAAUGGUAUGGCACAAGCUGCUGUCCAAACAGCGUCGCAGGGCUGUGGUGGCCUGUUUCAGGAUGACGCCCCUGUACAACAUCCCCAGGCACAGGGCGACCAACAUGUUUUUGGACGCUUACAAGCGCAACUGGUUAGAGACCGAAGGUUACUCAUUUGAAGACAAGAUGAUUGACGACUUAUCCAAAGCCUUGGAGGAAGAGGAGGAAGAGGAAGAGGAGACUGAGACGAAGCCUGACCCCCUUCAUCAGCUGAUUCUUCAUUUCAGCCGAACAGCUCUGACAGAGAAGCUUAAACUCGACGUUGACCAUCUCUAUAUGUCGUAUGCUGAUAUCAUGGCAAAGAGCUGUCACAUUGGUGAGGAGGACGAAGGGGGAGAUCAGGAGGGGGAGGAGCCAUCCUUUGAGGUGCGGCAGACAGAGAUGGAAAAGGAGAUGGAGAAACAGAGGCUUCUGUACCAGCAGUCCCGUCUACACAACCGUGGAGGUUCAGAGAUGGUGCUGCAGAUGAUAAGUGCCUGUAAAGGCGAGCCUGGAGCCAUGGUUUCUUCCACACUCAAACUGGGAAUCUCCAUCCUCAAUGGAGGCAACUGUGAUGUACAGCAGAAAAUGCUGGACUAUCUGAAGGAUAAAAAGGAUGUGGGAUUUUUCCUUAGCGUUCAGGCUCUGAUGCAGACCUGCAGCGUUUUGGACCUGAAUGCUUUUGAGAGACAGAACAAGGCUGAGGGCCUUGGGAUGGUUUCAGAGGAGGGCACCAAUAAGAAGCUAGAACGUGAUGAGAAAGUGAUGGCGGACGAUGAAUUUACGUGUGACCUCUUCCGUUUCCUCCAGCUACUUUGUGAGGGUCAUAAUAACGAUUUCCAGAACUACCUGAGAACACAGACAGGCAGCACCACUACCAUCAAUGUGAUCAUCUGCACUGUGGACUACCUUCUUCGCCUACAGGAGUCGAUCAGCGACUUUUACUGGUACUACUCAGGAAAAGACAUCAUCGAUGAGCCUGGGAAGAGGAACUUCUCCAAAGCAAUGACUGUGGCCAAACAGGUCUUCAACAGCUUGACUGAAUAUAUCCAGGGUCCGUGCACCGGUAACCAGCAGUCUCUGGCUCACAGCAGGCUGUGGGACGCUGUUGUCGGCUUCCUGCACGUCUUUGCUCAUAUGAUGAUGAAACUCGCUCAGGACUCCAGUCAAAUUGGACUAUUGAAGGAGCUGUUGGAUCUGCAGAAGGACAUGGUGGUGAUGCUUCUGUCUCUGCUUGAAGGCAAUGUGGUGAAUGGCACCAUUGCGAGGCAGAUGGUUGACAUGUUGGUGGAGUCCUCCAGCAACGUGGAGAUGAUCCUGAAAUUCUUCGACAUGUUCCUCAAGCUGAAGGACAUCGUGGCAUCCGACGCCUUCAGAGACUAUGUGACCGACCCUCGUGGGCUAAUUUCCAAGAAGGACUUCUCCAAGGCCAUGGACAGCCAGAAGCAAUAUUCCCCCUCGGAAAUCCAGUUCCUGCUCUCCUGCUCGGAGGCCGACGAGAACGAAAUGAUCAACUUUGAGGAGUUUGCCGACCGUUUCCAGGAGCCAGCCAAAGACAUUGGUUUCAACAUCGCUGUUCUGCUCACAAACUUGUCAGAGCACGUUCCCCACGACACUCGCCUUCAGAACUUCCUGGAGCAGGCGGAGAGCGUGCUCAACUACUUCCGCCCUUUCCUCGGUCGCAUUGAGAUCAUGGGAGCCAGCAGGAAGAUCGAGCGCAUCUACUUUGAAAUCAGCGAGGCGAACAGAAACCAGUGGGAAAUGCCGCAAGUCCGAGAGUCCAAGCGGCAGUUCAUCUUCGACGUGGUCAAUGAGGGCGGCGAGAGUGAGAAGAUGGAGAUGUUUGUGAACUUUUGCGAGGACACCAUCUUUGAGAUGAACAUUGCCGCGUCGAUUUCCGAGCCGGAGGGAGAAGGUGCGGAAGAAGAAGACGACGAGGAGGAAGAGGAGGGUAAGGGAGAUGAAGGAGAGGCCGUAGAAGGCGAAGAGGGCAACGGAGAAGCCGAAGCUCCAGAGUCGACCUCGGCCUUUGCAGACUUUUUGAAGAGCGUGGCCGACUUCUUCAACAUGUUCACCUUCCGUAACCUGCGGCGACGGUACCGCAAACUCCGUAAAAUGACGGUGAAGGAGAUGGUGAUCGGCCUGGCUACGUUUAUUUACACCGUCGUGAUGGGUAUCCUGAUGUUUGUUUACAGCAUAUGUAAGGGCUUCUUCACACUCAUAUGGAAGGUGCUGUUCGGUGGAGGCUUAGUGGAGGGCGCCAAGAAGAUGACUGUGACAGAAAUCCUAGCCAGUAUGCCGGAUCCAACGCAGGAUGAAGUCCACGGAGACCUGCCACCUGAACCGGGAGCUAGAGAGGUCCAAGACGCGGACGGAGGGGUGGACUUGUUAGAUGCUGUGGGAGGAGAAGAGGAAGAGGAGGAAGGCGAGGACAGGGAAGGUGGACGCCUGCCUGGUAUCAAUACUCCCGGGGGACUUGGAGACUUCGGUGAGACGACGCCUGAAGAGCCCCCUACUCCAGAGGGAACACCGCUGCUGAAGAGAAAACUGUUGGCUGCUACAACAGAGGGACAAGGAGAGGGAGACCAACCCGCAACUGAAGAGGAGGCCCCUCCAGAGACUGAGAAGGCAGACACUGAAAAUGGAGAGAAGACGGAGAAGGCAGAGCCUGAACCGGAACCUGAGGUGAAGGUGGAAGAGCCCGAGGAGGUCGAGGAGAAGACUGUGAAGACCAAGGCGAAGAAGGACAAGAAACAUGCAGAGGAGGGCUUUGAGCUGUGGAAUGAACUCGAGGUUCAGAGGAUUAAGUUCAUGAACUACCUUUCUCGCAACUUCUACAACCUUCGAUUCUUGGCUCUGUUCAUCUCCUUCGCUCUCAAUUUCAUCCUGCUCUUCUACAAGGUGUCCGACAGUCCUCCAGGCGAGGAGGACUAUGAGGCUUCUGGUCUGUUUGAGGGCUCUGGCCUGUUUGAAGGCUCUGGUGGUGGUGAGGAGGAUGGAUCCGGACUGGACGAUGCAGGGGGAGAAGAUGAGGAUGAAGAAGGUCCCAUGUACUACUUCCUUGAAGAGAGCACAGGCUACAUGGAGCCGUCCAUGUCUUUCUUCGCUAUCGUCCACACCCUCAUCUCCGUCCUCUGCAUCAUUGGAUACAACUGCCUCAAGGUCCCUCUGGUUAUCUUCAAGAGAGAGAAGGAACUGGCCAGAAAGCUGGAGUUUGAUGGUCUUUAUGUCACUGAGCAGCCUGAAGACGACGACAUCAAGGGCCAGUGGGACAGGCUGGUGCUAAACACUCCGUCUUUCCCUAACAACUACUGGGACAAGUUUGUGAAAAGAAAGGUGCUGGAUAAAUAUGGUGACAUCUACGGCAGAGAGAGGAUUGCUGAGUUGCUCGGUAUGGACUUGGUUUCGCUGGACGUCAGCGCCAUGACGCAUGAAAAGAAGCCUGAGCCAGACACCUCGAUGUUCAGCUGGAUUACAUCUAUUGACAUCAAGUACCAGAUCUGGAAGUUUGGUGUUGUUUUCACUGAUAAUACCUUCCUCUACCUGGUUUGGUACAUGUUGAUGUCCCUGCUCGGACACUACAACAACUUCUUCUACGCCUGCCAUCUUCUGGACAUCGCCAUGGGUGUGAAAACCCUGCGCACCAUUCUGUCUUCUGUGACUCACAACGGGAAACAGCUGAUGAUGACCGUGGGUUUGCUGGCUGUAGUGGUCUACCUGUACACCGUUGUAGCCUUUAACUUCUUCCGCAAGUUCUACAACAUGAGCGAGGAUGAAGACGAGCCGGACAUGAAGUGUGAUGACAUGAUGACUUGUUACCUGUUCCACAUGUAUGUUGGCGUACGUGCUGGUGGAGGCAUUGGAGAUGAAAUUGAGGACCCGGCCGGGGAUGAAUACGAGCUCUACCGAGUCGUCUUUGACAUCACUUUCUUCUUCUUUGUCAUCGUCAUCCUGCUGGCUAUCAUCCAGGGUCUGAUCAUUGAUGCCUUUGGAGAGCUGAGAGACCAGCAGGAGCAGGUCAGAGAGGACAUGGAGACAAAGUGUUUCAUCUGCGGAAUCGGAAGUGACUACUUUGACACGACACCGCACGGCUUUGAAACACACACCCUAGAAGAACACAACUUAGCCAACUACAUGUUCUUCUUGAUGUAUCUCAUCAAUAAAGAUGAAACAGAACACACGGGACAGGAGUCGUAUGUGUGGAAGAUGUACCAGGAGCGAUGCUGGGACUUCUACCCUGCUGGAGACUGCUUCAGGAAGCAGUAUGAGGAUCAGCUGGGAUAAAGCCCUGCAUCGUUUUAUCUGCGUCUGAAGAGAGAGAGAGAGAGAGAGAGAGAGAGGGGCGAGGAGAGGAGAGGAGGGACAUUCAGAGAGAGGACGGAUUAGACACUUGUACAUUGAACACAUCUAUUGCCUUAGUUUUUCCCCCCUUUGUCUGCACAUUUCUCUCUCCUCUGUUGAAGCAAUGCACACUUUGGCUCCACUUUUGUACCACCUGUAGUAAAAACGUUGAAGGGAUAGUUUGAGAAAAGAAGAAGAAGAAGAAUAUCAGAGAAGCAUCAAAAGACUCAAGGAGCCAGGGCCCUUUAGACUCUGCUAUGAAUACACUACACGGCCUUUUUUUGUGUAAUAUAUACAUAGAUUGCCUUACAUAUCAAAGCAUUUAUACACAACAGGCUAUUUCAAUCGCUACUGCUGUAAACGUCAUAGUGCCUAUAGCAACGUCACAUCUAGAGCAAUCAGACUGUUUAGAUUUUUAGCUUCGAUACUUUAGAGUUUUUGUUCAUUUUGUGUGUAAGGUUGGGACGUUUUGGUAUGUGGCCGCUGCCAUGGGAUGUUUUAUUUUGUUGAUGUUUUGUAUUCUGCAGCUCACAGUUGUAUCUCUGAGAUCCUUAAGGAAGCACCGGCGCCCUCUCACUCCUUUCCUCCCUCUCUCAACGCUAAGGAAACUCGUCUUCAAACACCUUACGAUGAACGGAAAACUUUAAAUGGACCGAUUUGCCAAGAUAAUAAACAGAUACUCGUCUGCUUAUGUGACAUGUACCAGUGUAAAUCAGCUGUAUAGACAAAAAACAGUUUGCACUCUGAAGUCUUACAAUGCACUCCUGGAUGUAUGUGUUCCCCUAUCUGCGCUGGUGUCUCUGUGCCAUAUAAGAUAGUUCUGAUUUACACACACAUACAGUAUAGGAGGAUGCUAAGGUUAUUAUUUUAUUGUUUAUAUGCAGAACUAAAACUUCUAAAGACGACCGUUUUAGCCCGUCUCUAUUUCUGGCCAACAGUGUACUACGACACUUUAUGCACAAAUAAGUUUCUUGUCAGUGCAUUAACAUAACUAAUGAAUGUAUUUCAUGUAUACAUUUUGAGUGUCACCUGUAUAACUGAGUCAUUUCAUGGCUGCUUAGAGGCCUUUUGAUGAAAAGACAUAUUUUACAUACAUCAUAGAUAACAUAUAUUUAUUUUUCCUUUGGGCUUUGGAGAACUUAAAUGAUCGUGUUACUUUGUUUGGACAUGAACAUGCCACAUGUCCCGUUUGUGAAAAACCCCACAAUGGUGAAGAGAGUAAAUCUCGCACUGAAGUGUGUGCCCAGUUUGCAGUCAGAAGGGGAAAAAUUAGCUUUUGUUUUUUUUUUUGCGAGUUAGGAUUUAUGAUAGAUAUUGAUAGGAGUAAAGCAAAUCAUUUAUUUUUCCUCACUCAAGACAGUCAUGUGUGAUGCGCUGAUCCCAGACAGUUCUGUCUCUCGAUGCCUUUUCCAGAUCACACCCUCCACCCUGUAGUUAAUGUCAUGUCUCACUUUGUCGGAGGCAGAGCAGUAUUUUUUUUUGCCGCUGACGCCUCUGAAGUGAAAACUUGUAGCUGUGGUCCACACGGGGGGCAGCUGAUGGUACGGAGCUGGAUGGAGAUCAUUACUUUCCACGUGACUGAGUGUCUUCUGACUGAACCCUGUGUUUCAAUACAGAAUAAACAGAUUAUUUUAAAGAGAA